GAGAGCGCGGCAGAGCCAGGAGCCCGCCAGCCCGCCAGCCCGCCAGCCAGGGAAGCGGCGCCCCAGUCGCGCAGCCCAUGAAGGGUGGCCAGGCCCGGCGGGGUCCCCCCUGCCGCCACUCCGGCGCCGGACGGCAACUGCCGCGCAAGAUGUGAGCCGGUCGUGAGGCGGCGGCGGCGGCCGAUCUCUCCCCUGCCUGCCUGCCUGCCUGCCUGCCUGCCUGCCGGUGGCGCGGACUCUCUCGGCCGGCCGGCCGGCCGGGAUGCCUCGUUGAGGAUCUAGUCAGCCGGGACUGGAGCCACAGAGUCGCAGGCACCGGCGGGAUGUUCGCGCUGGAUCCGUUCGACCCACACGGCGGCGGCGGCGGCGGCGGCGGCGGCUCAGGCAGGAGCGGGGUGCCGGGCGAGCGGGGCGGCGGCUUUGGGCCGGGCGCGGGCUCCCAGUUCAAGCCGUCGCCCUUUCACGGCGGAAGCAGCGGCGGCGGUGAAGCGGCGGCCGUCAAUGCCCUGGGCGAGUCCUCUUCGACCCUGCUGGCCAUGAACCUGACCUUGUCCGGGGAGGGCUAUGGCGCUUUCCACGGCCCCCGCGGCGGCCCUCCGGAGUUGGGCCCGGCCCAGCCGAUCCACGGAUUCUUCGGCAGCCCGCCGCCUGGCCCGGCCGCGCACCACCAGACCCAACCCCCGGUCUCGCACUUCGGCGGUGGCUUCGGGCCCGAACCCAGCGCCUCCUGCCUGCACGGCGGCCGCCUCCUCGGCUAUUCGGGAGGCCAGCAGACGUUCGCGGCGGACGGCGGCUACGAGCAGCAUCUGGCGGACGGCCAGGCGGGCGGGGAUGGCUUCGGACAGCAGAGGGCGGGACCCCUCCAGGACUUCCAGCCGCCGCCGCCGCCGCCGCAUCAUCUUCACAAUCCCGGCGUGCCGGCCCCGUGCCUGCCGCUGGACCAGUCGCCUAAUCGCGCUGCCUCCUUCCACGGCUUGCCGGGAGCCGCCUCCUCAGAACCGCACGGCCUGGACUCGCAGAGGCGGCUGCCUAGCCAAGGAGCAGCCGCGGUGGAUGCCCUGGAAUAUAGUUACCCGAACAGCGAGAACCAUUUCGACUUGCCCGUUUUCUCGUCGUCAGAGGCCGAGGGGCAGCUGCCGCAGUACGGCUCCGGACGACAGGCGGCUCCGCCGGGAGGCAGCAAUUUCCCUGGGCACUCGGCGGCCUUGCCCCGAGCGCCGGGCUCCCUAGGGAAGGUGCCCAGCCAACAGCCCCCUCACGGCGUCUUCUUCGAUCGGUUCGGCGGCGCUCGCAAAAUGUCUCUGGGGCUGGAGCCGGGCCUGGGCGCCGGAAGGCACCACCUGGUUCAGCAACAGCCGCCGCCCCCGGCUCUCCUGGCCAGGCAGAAUUCCUGCCCGCCGGCGCUGCCGCGGCCACAGCAAUGCCCAGAGGGAAGCGCCGCCAACGCCAACCUGCAAGACGGCGGGGGCCCGAUUUUGCCGGCGCAGCACGGCCAGUUCGAGUAUCCCAUCCACCGGCUGGAGAACCGGGGCCUGCAGCACCACCCCCACCACCCGCAGCAGCAGCAGCAUCCCUACGGCCCGGCAGAGCCGCUUUUCAACGUGGCCCACCAGCACCAGCAGCCCCAGCAGCCGCCCAACCAGCGAUUGCAGCACUUCGACGCGCCCCCCUACGUGAACCUCCCCAAGAGGCCCCGUUUUGAUUCGUGGAGCGGCGGCGGCGGCGCAGGCAUGCACGGGGCAGCCGCCUUGGAGAGCCACCUGUCGCCCUCCGCGGCCUAUCCUGGCCUGCCGGGGGACUUCACUCCGCCGGUGCCUGAGCAUUUUCCGCCGCCGCCGCCGCCGGGCUCGGAUCCCCAGGCGGCUCUGCAGCAGCGCCAGAACGCGGCGCUGAUGAUCAAGCAGAUGGCGGCCACCCGCGGCCAAUCUCAGCGCCUCCGUCCACCCGGCCUGCAGCAGGUCGGGCACCAUCAACAUCCUCACGCUGCCGGCGGCCACGGCCAUCACCAGUCCCCGCACCAACACCCGGGCGAAGCCGCUUUCGAGGCGCAGGAAGGUGCUUGGUUCCCGCCGCCUCAUCCUCCGGCGGGCAGCGGAGAUUUGCUGUUCCGACCGGGAAUGGGCGGGUUGCAGGAGCCGCCGCCGGCCCUGCGGAUGUCCUCCGGGGGCGAAGGACACGUCCCCUCGCCAGGCGGCCUGCAAGGUCAGUUCGGCUUGAGCCCGCCGUCGGAGAGGCGGCCGAGCCACCCCGACUUCGCAGCGCAGGCGCAAAGCUUUCCUUUUGGGGGCCCCAGCCGCCAGGCCACCCCGCACAGCGCGUCGCCCGGGUCCUUUGGGCCGCCGACGGACUUCCAGAGCUCUGCGCCCCCUCCGUCGCAGCCCCGGCCCUCUCCGGCCAGCAGCAAGCUGGGCGCGCUCUCGCUAGGCUCUUUCCCAAAAGGGGGUGUCGGGGCGCCGCCCGGGAGCGCGGGCCCCAAGGAGAGCAGCGGCCUCUUCGGACAGAGCUGCCUGGCAGCGCUCUCCACCGCCUGCCAGAACAUGAUCGCCAGCCUGGGUGCGCCCAACCUCAACGUCACCUUCGGCAAGAAGGGCGCGCCCGCGGGGGUGGGCGGUGGGGCCGGCGGAGAGGGCGCCAAGCGGAACAAGCUUAGCCCCGCAGAGACUCCCGAAACAAACGGCGCAGGGCCGCAGCCUCCCCUCCCGGCCGCGACGGUUCCUGCGGGCGAAAACGGCCUCUCCCCCAAUUACUCCCCUGGAUCGGGCCCCGAGGCCAAAGCGGGAAGCGGACGAGGCAGGGGACGCAGGAAACGGGACAGCGGCCACGUCAGCCCAGCCGCCGGGGCGACUGGCGGCUUCUUUGAGAAGUAUGGCCCGACGGCGGGCGUCGAGAGCGGCAGCCCCGGACAAGGCGGGGAGCGAAGCGGCGGCGGCACCCCCCAUCUUCACGAGCCGCCCAAGGCGUUGAGUUCCCCGCCUUCUACCUGGGCCAAGGGCGGCGGCGACCUCCUUCUCCAGCCUCCCGCAGAGCAGGCCGAUCUCCUUCCCUCCCUGGACCAGGCUGAAUCCUGCUCCCCGCGCGGCGGCGGCGGCGGCGACUUCCCCGGCGAGGCGGAAAACGAGGAUGAGGUGUCUUCCAGCUCCGACAACCAGGGAGCCAAAGGGUGUCCCGCCGGGCGCAGCCCUCUUCAGCCGCCGGGCCGCCCGGUCGACCACCCGCUCCUGAAUGGACAGAAGCCGUCGGCGCUGGCUCAGCUGGGCCUGCACGGCGGCGGCAGCACGGCUACCUCCAGCCCUGAGAGCUACGGCGCCGGGCCCCCCGGGCCGGUGCAGGAGGAGAUUCACCCGCUGGAGAUCCUGCAAGCGCAGAUCCAGCUGCAGCGUCAGCAGUUCAGCAUCUCCGAGGACCAGCCGCUGGGCCUCAAAAGCGCCAAGAAGGGCCCCGAAGGCUCGGGCGGGGGCCAGAACGGGGACAGCGGCGAACUGAGCAGCUGUUGCGAGGGCGCCGGAGCCAAGGGCGCGGUGAGCACCAUCGACCUGGAAUCUCUGAUGGCCGAGCACUCCGCCGCGUGGUACCUGCCCGGAGACAAAGCCCUCCUGGACGGGGAGCCCGACGAGAAGGUCCUGGUGCCUUGGGAGAAAGCGAAGGCGCCCACGGCCGGCAAGGAAGGUAACUUUUUGAAAUUGAAACUGGCUGUUUCUGUGGGAUGCAAGCGGUGGGAUCCGAUGCAAGCCCAUCCAUGCAAUCGUCUUUCCUGUGGAGAAUUUCAUGGGGUGAUUCCCAAGUUGUUCAGGAGAUCCCUGGCUUUCUUUCAUUUCCUCCACAAGUGACAGAGAACCCAAAGAGAGAUCUUCUAUGCACACUGCACUGUGUGAUGAACAGAGCAAGAGUUAUUUCUAGAUAAAUGUGCCAAGACCCGCGGUGUUAUAGAAUAGCAGUUGCAGAAUUUCUAUGCAUGACUUUUGGAGAUGGUUUCAUUUUGAAGUUGAAAACAAGCCACUGAGGGGGCUCUCGGGUUUCCCUUGAGCUGCAUUCCAGCAGCUUGAUUCUGAAAUCAGGGCUAGCUGAAAGAGAGAGGAUUGCAGGUGGGCACCCUCCUCCCCCCUUCGCAGGUAGGCAAGAGCGUUCUCUGUCCUUUGAGAGGGGCAGAGAGUCCCCAGGAUGCUGCUCUGUAGCAACCUACUGCAACCUGCAAUAGCAGCAGCAGCAGCAGCAAAUGCCUUUGGUGGCUGUAAGGCAAAAGGUGGAAGGCUGUGGUCUAGCUCCUGUUCUCCUUCCCGGGCUAUUCCAGGAUGCUGGUUUGGUUGCCUGUCAUAGAACGCAUAAAUCUGUCAGUGGAAGAAGCUGCCACAUGGGAUGGUGUGAACAUGAACAUUCAUGGAAGAACCGCUUCAACAUGAAAUGUUAAUCUGGCCACACGAGGACAGGGUUUUUUGUCUCUACCAGCUCUUCCCGCAUUCUGCAUCUUUGGUGGUUUGUUUUUUAAGCUGCCGAGGGGUUGUGAGGAGGAAGUCUUAAAGGGUUGGUUCUGAAAUAUCUCUGGUUGAAAUUUAAAGGAUGGGAAAAGCAUGGAAAUUGCUUUCUGGCAUCAAAAGUGGACUGAAAAUCUGUUAAAGGUGAUGUGUGUUUGUUGCUGUAGCAGCACCCCUUGACCCUCUGGCCCAGGAGACUCUUUGCUGGCCUGCUGUGCAUCCUGGCCUGAAGACGGGAAAUCACUACCUGGGAUGCAUAAGGCAAAGUACCCAGAACCAAGGAUAGGAAAGUUGUCCAUCGCUGCUGGGCUUAAGGAUAGGACAAAGGCUUUUAAGGCAAAUGACUUUACCAGGUGAGCAAAGCACCAGUGCCCAGGCUGUGUCCUUCACAGGCAUUUGCAGGAAAGUUUCUUCCAAUUUCAGUCAUAUUUCUGAAUACCUCUCAAGCUAAAGUUUGCAUAUCAGUUGCCAUUAAAGGCUGGGGCUGGGUAGACCAAAUGCUGCUUAAGCUGUUUGUUAUCCCUUUUUAUUCAUUCCCACAAAAGCAAACCACUUCUAACAUUUGUAGGGAAUCCCAUGUGGUGUCCUUUGCACAUGGAAUGGAAACAGGUGGAACUGCUGAGCCACCAUAGCUUAGUAUGCUGACCUACGGCCCUUGUGGAAUGUUAUGCUGGGCUGAUUCGUACCCUCCUGUAUGGCCAUAAGUCUUUGCAGUUCGUAGUUUACUUUUUAUUUUCGUACCUGUGCUUUAUAUUCUCAUGCAUUUUUAAAAUUAAUCCUGUUGGUUGUGAUCAAUGUUUCAGUUUGGAACUGUGUAUUUUAGAAUACAAAAAUUAGAUAUUAUUUAAUAUUUCAAAAUUUGCUUAUAGAAUUAAAUAUAUUUUCCUUUGGUUUAUCUUCUGCUGUAAUUUCUUAUUUUUUUCUGUGCUUUGUAUAGUGUUUCUUAGCCAGAAAGGCAGGAACAUGAUGCAUAAAUUCCAUAAGUUUAUUUAUUUAUUUCAUAAAUAAACUUCCUAAGCGGUAAAAGAAAAUAAUUGCACAAUGCUAACGGAGGGACUCAAGUUGCAGAGGCGGCUUUUAUGUAAACAGACAAAACCUCUCCGUAAACCAUCCUGGAACACAGUCUUGCUUUCCUUGAAUGACUUUAAUAGUUGUGCCUGAAGACUGUCCGUGUUACAGAUACAAGUAGUGAGCAACGCAGCCUCAUCACAGAGGAAUUUGCAGUUGCACACAUGACAAACCCUUUCACAAACGGAGUGUUGUUUUGUCAAUUCCAUCUGGAUGACUGAGAAUCUUCAUCGACAAUUCUUGCUGCAGUUUCCUCCUGUUGUGGAGUUCAUUGAGUAUCUAUCUCUCUGACAGUGGGUAGCCUCCCAGGUCUAGGCAGAAGCACAGCGUGCGUCUUUUGGCCUGUGUUUGUUGGGUUGGGAAUAGGGAACUAUUCUUUGCUACUCUAACCAGAGAAGGAAAAACUGUAUGCCAUCUCUAUUUGGACAUUGAGGGUGUUCUUCUCUAGGUCUACGCAGCCUGAAUUUGGGUUUAAGAUAGGAAAACCCGAGUCUUGGAAGGUUCCUUUGAACAGCAAAGCGGAAGGAAACAGGAUUGCUUUUCAUCUUUUUAAAUUAAGCAUUAAUUUGGGCAUAAGAAUUGGAAAGGAAUGUCAAAAAUCCCCCUGAGGAGCAAAAUGCUAGUCAACAUCUUAUCACCUAGACGAUGGUUUGGGGUUAAAAAUGAGAGAGCAUCCUGGCCUGUCUUGUUAAUGGCAGUUCCCCGAGAGGCAGCCUUGGGGAAUAUCCAACAGAGACAUGGCAGAAAGAACGGGCCUUGAGCCGCCUCUCUCUCUUAAUGGCAUUUCAUUUUUGCUGAAAUAUACCCGUCGUUCUCCAGCAGAUUUAUGUACUUCUAAGAUUAUGUAGUGAAGAUUUUCCUGAUUGCUUUAAAUCUUAAAUUAGUGGAAUUUGCUAGUUGGAGGGACUAUCUAUUAAUUUUGGCCAGCUGAACUUCUUUAUCCUUUACAGGGAAUCAGUGAGAUGAUUGUACUGCAUAAAAGAAAAAGAGGGGAAACCCGUCUGUUAAUCUUUGGCUCCUCUGAUAAAAGAGAUGUUGCCAUUUUCAUUGUGUGGAGCUGAGCUUCCUACAAGAGGUGAAGGAUACAGAUGGUAGAAUCACUAGCCGCUUUUCUCUUUAAGUGGAGAAGCAUUGCCAGGUUCAUUAAUGCUCAGCAUUUGAAGAGAGAAAAAUAUACUUCUUUCAAAAUGACAAAAUGGUUUGUUUGUGAGAUGCACUUAAUUUUAAUUUGGUAAAGGAUGUGCAUCAAAUAUCUGAAAGAGGAGUCUCUGUCCACAAACUUUCUGGAUAUAAACACCCAGGAUAAUUUCUUAGAUAUGGUUUUAUAAUGAAGGAUUAGUUAUUUUAAGACUUAAUGUAUAGAUUAAUAAUAGCAUUCAGUAUUAGUCUGACUAUUCAGUGCUAAAAUAUUAGAAUACUACCUACCAAAUGCAGAUAUUUUUCUUUCAUUUUCAGAAGUGAAAAAUUAUGUGAAUUGAAGAAAAUACUAUUAUUAUAUCAAGUUGAAAUAGUGUUGCUAAUAUCAAGACAGCUUAAUAUUUUUAUUGGUUACUGAAGACAAUGUUAUAUGCAGGUUAUUCAUUGGGAGGUCCCAGCAUGUCUCUUACAUGCAUAAAUAUAGAGAGAAUGCUUGUUCUUAAAAUAGUAAUUUUUGACCAAGAAUUUCUGUGAUCUCACUCCUAAGCAUUCUUGCUUGGAAUUUGGGGGAAUUUGCUUGCAAGGACAGGUUCUGCUCAUUCAGUUGAGGCUACACUAGGACCAAUAUUUAGUAAUCGCUAUGAAUUAAUAGUUCAUUUACUGUUUUGUGGUUGUUUUAUACAAAUGAUUUUGUUAUGGCUUAGAUAUGUUUAAUUUUACAUCUCUGGAGUUCUUUUAUCUAGAAAUCUUUCUAAAGCGUAAUAGCCUCAUUUGUUUCAUUCUGUUGCUUUUUUAAAAAAAAUUAUUUAGUACAGAAAACAAUGAUAUGCUGGAGCUCCACUAGAAGAAAGACACAGAAGGACCAAAAAUACAAAAGGCACCUUGAGCCCCGGGAUGUCCCUCAGCUGAGUUUUUGCACCACCAAGUCUAAACAUAGAAUCAGAAUUUGGAUUCAUGAAAUGUUUUCUUUGUUCUUGGUAGGGCCUGGAAAUAACUAUUCACCCAUAACAAUUUCAUGAUGGAAUCUUUCCCGCCACCCAAUAAUUUGGUUCAAAGCAUACCUACACCUGAACGGGGGUUUGGAAGCCUCAGCCCUCAGUGCUGGCCUAAACCCUUCUCUUGCACUCUCUUCCCAAUCCUUUUUGUGUCCUGCCAAAGGAAAAAUGCGCUGACACCAAAGCAAAAGCCGAGACUGCUGAAGGGAGAGCGGGUGGGAUCUGUUUUCGCCUUUGUUUUUCAUGGGAAUGGAUGUGAAAUCCUUCAGGCCCCACUGAACAUCUCUGGCAAAGCAGAUUUAAUAGCUGAAGCUAGUUUGACUCGAUUCGUGACUUGAAGUUCUGAGAAAAAGUAGUUUCAGCCUUCAUUUUGGAAUUCUGUAUUUCAUUAGGGAAAAUCUUGCUGCCAGUUGAUGCGUCUCUUUUUCUUUCAUAGCCUGCUCCCUGGUAAGAAUAUAAUGAAAGGGUCUGGCCAGGCGGUGUUGAAUGUAGCCAUGUCUCAGAAUCACAGACAGAGCAGAGGGAAGCCUUCGGGGGAAACCUCCAUCUCCUUGCUUCUCUACUGCUAGACAAGAAGCUGGAGGUUUGCAUCAGACUAUGGUUCGGAGUGAAUGAUCUCUAAAUUGCAGAUUGUAAUUUUUGUGACAUGCUUUCUGCUUGUCCUAGUGGACAAAUUGUCUUCUCUUUUCUUGACCAGGAUGGAAUUGGAAAUUGUGCUAGAAGCAAAGAGACCCAUCAACUAUUUGUUUUGAGCCACAAAUGAUGGCUUGUUCAAUGCUUUCUGAAUAGUUGCAAGGUGGGGUUUGAGCUCCCAAUUGGUCUUCUUUGAUGAGGAGAGAAUCCAUUUAUUUUGGAUCCUGUUCUCUGGCUUCUUUAGCCUAAUCCCCCACGACUUUCUGAUGCUGAACACCCAAUAUGAAGAGCAAGGUGGAUCACUGGCAGAGCAUUGUCCCAUUGGUUGCUCCUUAGUGGUGGCUGAUGUGAGCUUUGAAACAGGGGAGAGAUGUGGCUCUCCCCAUCCAACCAUGUAUGCAUUUUAAAGACAGCCUGGGCCUAAACCUUUUUCAAGCACACCCAAAAACGCAGUGCUCCAGAGGACCCCUCUGAGAACACCAGGAGCUGAAUAGCCGCCCUUCAGGAGAGCUGAAGAGGAGUUCAUUCCUGCUGGUUGCUCUCCAGGCUGGUUUCACCUUAUUUUCACUUCUUCGGUGGCGACUUGGUGGAUGACUCGGAUGGCUUUAUAAGCUCCCUGUACAGCUCUUGGGGUGCCUUUUCAAGGCUCAGAAACGAGACCUUUCAAUAUUUUACACAGAGACUCUUCUGGUGGCUACCAUUUGGGGCACCUGUCCACCUAUUUUCCAUGCUCGAUCCAUAGUAGCCUGAAAUUCUGAGGCUCGUAACAUCCAGGGGAUGUCAUGGAUGCUUCUGAGAUAAGGAGGUCAAAGACAAAAGAUGGACCCCUGGGACUGCAAUUCAUGCUCAGGUGUGAUUAGUGCUUGCGUUGGUUUCCUGGAGCUGCGAUUCUGAAUCCCGUUAUUUGGUCUGUUUCAGGAAACAUCACGAUAUAUGUGAAGGACCGCACUAUUUCUCGUGAGGCUUUGAAAAUACCCUUAAAACAAAACCCCACAUAGCAGUUUGGGUUGAAGAUGGUAUUUGUUACCCUUUAUUUUGUAAGUCUACUUCAUUUGCUCACACAGUGGUUUGAUGAAUAAUUUCUGGAAGCAAAGCAAAAAAGUUUUGAUUACAAGUCAUCAGAGUUCCAGAAAGCUGCCCAAUGCAGGGAGACCCAAGUUUGGGCUUCUCCUUCUUCACCCUGUUGUCUCCGACUUCCUGGGGUUCCUGGAGGAGCAAGGCCAGGGUAGGGGGCAGAAUGGGUGGAGAAGGUGCUUGUGAGUUGACACGGGGAUGGCAGCUCUUCCACCCACCAAUUCCAGAGUGGAUUAGGCAACCUUUCCUGUCUUUGCAGAGGUUCUAGAGUGCAAGUCCCUUCGCCACAGGACUCGGGAAGGCUACCUUUCUCCCUUCUUCCCUUGCCUGCUCCUGGACCCACACUCUGCCACGUUGGUCUGGGGCCGGAGAGGUUUUAGGUUGCUGUUUUAGAAAAUGCUGUGUUCACAGUUAUUCUGGUGUUCUAUUGCUGAACAAGGUUCACUUUUGUGUGUGUGCAUUUUUAUACUUCUCUAUGGUUUAUUUUCUGGAGAGGUAGAAUGUGCAUCAGUUAAGAUAUGAUUCAUGGCUAGGCAUCCCCAUUGCUUAAGAAGAUCCCCCCAGCCCCACCAGUCAUUUCAUUCAGUCCAACAAUUUGGGCUGAGGCAUUAUGAUUCCCAAACAGGAUCCAGUCAGCGGAUGGAAUGAUCGCUUUGAA